AGGAACACAAACGGAAGAAACAAAAGAAGCACAAAUGAUCAAUUCUCACAAACAGCAACUAAACGCCCAUCUCUGAUUCCUGUCUCUGAAUCCUGAUUCCCUCGUAAAACUUCUCUAUAAAUCGCUCUGCUCUCUGAUCAACGCUUGCAUCCCCUUCUUCUUCUUCUUCUUCUUCUUCUUCAAACAACAUCUCCAAGUCAGCUCCAGCAUUUUCGUCCGGCGCCAGUGCCUCGAGUUCGUCUCCGUCGCCCAGGACCGACUCCUCGCCGUCGCCGCCGCAUAGCAGGGAGAGGAAGCGGCGGCUCCUUUUCUUUGGCGGGGAGAACUCGUACUCGGCGACGUAGGCGUAUCCGUAGAUCGACCGCUGCGUCCUCCUGAGGAGGAGCAGCUUGCGGGCGAUGGGGCGCCUCGCCCUAGCCACGGGGCUGAGGCCGGCGGCGAUGAGGCCCAACGCCUUGCGCACGAUCGGGCUCCGCUUCCUCGCCAUGGACGGGAGAUCCGGCUUGCUGCAGGCCUCAUGGGCGUCGGGGGAGGGCUUUAACGAAGGCAGCGGGCGCGGAGAGGAGGAGCUGGAAAGCGAGCUCGAGGUCGGUGGAUCUGUUCUUUUGCUCGAGUGCUGCAGGAAAGGUAGGCCAAAGAUGACACUUCAGAUAUUCCUCAAAAUUGUGGCUCUUGCUUUGCUUGAACCAGUUCUCGACCAAAACUUCUACUACUUGGGAACCAAGUACACAUCAGCAAGCUUCUCUUCUGCUCUUUAUAACGUGCUGCCAGCGAUCACAUUUAUAAAUGCCCUUAUUUUAAGAAUGGAGAAGGUAGACGUUAAGAAGCGACACAGUCAAGCAAAGAUUAUUGGAACACUGGUUACCGUUGUUGGUGCUCUGGUUAUGAUAUUAUACAAAGGUCCUAUUGUUGAGUUUAUAUGGAACAGGGGACGGAGCCACCAUACGGAAGUUGCUAGUCAGGAUGAAACCCAUUGGCUCAUUGGCACAUUCAUGCUGUUGUUCAGCUGCUUCUGUUGGUCUUUAUUCUUCAUUCUACAAUCGAACACCUUAAAAUCUUAUCCCGCAGAGCUCUCCUUGAGCUUCCUAAUUUGCGUCAUGGGCACACUACUCGCCAGUUCAGUCGCACUCAUCCUCGAUCCUGGUGUGAAACCUUGGAUGAUAGGAUUUGACACAAGGCUUGUUGCCGCAAUCUACUCCGGUAUAAUGUGCACAGGACUAGCAUAUUAUUUGCAAGCUGUAGUGGUGAAGGAGAGAGGGCCUGUCUUUGUUACUGCCUUUAGCCCUCUCUGCAUGAUCAUAGUGACUGUGAUGGGCUCCAUCAUUCUUGCAGAGGAAAUGUCUUUAGGAAGGUUGAUCGGCGCAGUUGUUAUAGUGAUUGGCCUUUACUCUCUUAUAUGGGGGAAGAGCAAUGAUCACAUGAACCAAUCCCCUAAAACCGGCGAAAAGCAAGCUCUGGAGCUACCGAAGACCACGAACGAUGACAUGAUAUCCAACUCCAUCGAUUGCAUCUCCAUCCAAAGCAUCUCGUCGGCAAAGAAACCUUGAGUAAUUAACUUGGGCAAGACUUGCCAUUGGUUUUCGAUUGUGUUGUGUAUGAACCACCAUCAACUAUGAUUGUAGAAGUGUUUUCUUGCAAGCAACUGAGGAUGCUUGUCCUCAGCGGUUGCUACCAAUAAGUAGUGUUAAUCUUAUGCAUGAUCUAAUGCCAUUAUCUUUGCUGUGUUCCUCAA